AUGCAAAAAAAUUACAAUGAAUGGAUGUCUGAAUCUUUAAGGGAAUUAACACCUGCUGGUAGAAUAAAAAAGCCAUCCUAUGAAACUGUUGUAAAUUGGGUUAAUAGAUCAUGGAAUGCGAUUAAUAUUGAAGAUGAUUGGAUUUUUAAUUAUGAACGUCUUGGGCAAGCAAAAUCAGGUGAUGAAAUAGAAAUUUUAAAUGAUAAUAAUGAAAAUAAUAGAAACGAUGAUAUUGAAAAUAAUCAUUAUGAUGAAAAUGAGAGAAAUUAUGAUAAUGAAUGGAAUUAA